GUCACUGUCACAUUGACAUGUUUUUAAUGUUUACUUGGUUUACGUUCGAUUUGUGUAGCACGUGUGUUUUGCGUUUUAACAGUUUGAUGAUGAACUAGUGCGUAUUUCGUUAAAAUGUCUAGACUCAUUGUAAAAAAUCUCCCAAAUAAGGUUACAGCCGACAAUCUUAGAGAAGUUUUUGGUCAGAAAGGGGAAGUGACUGAUGUUCAGCUUAAAUAUACAAAGGAUGGUAAGUUUAGGAACUUUGGUUUCGUGGGCUACAGGACGGAGGAACAAGCGGCGGCCGCCAAAGAAUACUUCGAUGGGACUUGUAUACGUUCCAUGAAGAUACAAGUAGAGGUCUGUGCGAAUCUUGGUGACGAGAAGAAACCUCGGGCGUGGAGCAAAUACGCACCAGACAGCACGGCUUAUAAAAAAAUACACAAAGAUGAACUAGCAGAGCAAAAUAAACUUGAAUGGGAACAAAAACGUAAGAAGAAAGCUGAAAAAAAUAAAGACAAAAUUAAAGAACUUCUCAAGAAGCAUAAAGAUGACCCACUCUUUGCUGAGUUCAUUGAAGCACACGUCAAUGAUAAAACAGCUUGGAUCAAAGAUGUGUUUGAAAAGGCUGUGAACAGUGAUGAUGACAGUGGGGUCGAAGACGAGAAUGCUGAUGGUAAACCUGAAACUGACACUCCUGAAGGCAAACCUAACACUGCAGCUGAAGCCACUAAACCAGCUGAAAGCAGUAAAAAGGAGGAGAAAGUUGCCAACAAGCAAAUUAGUGACUUAGAAUAUAUGAAACUACUCAUGAAGAAAGUGGAUGGGGUUACAAAUAUAACUGAAACUGAAGAAAAACAAGAAGAACCAAAACCUAAGAAAAUAAGGAAUAGAGAACUAUUUCAUAUUAAGAUAACAGGACUGCCAUUUAAAUGCAAGAAGAAAGAUAUAAAAGAGUUCUUCCGACCUCUAGUGCCUUACACCAUCAGGCUUCCACUUGCUAAAGGACGGAAACUAUCUGGCUUCUGCUUUGUAGGAUUCAGAACAGAGAAAGAAGUAAAGAAGGCACUUGUUAAAGAUAAAUUGUUUUUAGGUAACCACCGCUUACAUAUAAACAAGCAUGAGAAUAAAGCACAGAAGGAAGCAGAGGAAGAAGAACAAACCCAAAGAAGAAAAGAUCAAGAGAAAGGCAACAAUGAGGAGAGUAUAGGCGAAAGCGGCAGCAUUUUCGUUCGAAAUCUGCCAUAUGUUGUCUCUGAAGAAGAACUUACAAGUCUCUUUGAAAAAUAUGGGCCGCUAGCAGAAGUAAACUACCCAAUAGACAAAGUCCUCCGGCAGCCGAAGGGGUUCGCGACAGUAACGUUUGUGAUGCCCGAGCACGCUGUGAAGGCGUAUUCUGCGCUGGAUGGCACGGCGUUUUGCGGCCGCAUGCUGCACCUACUGCCAGCUAAGACGGAGAAGCUAGAUGAUGAAAGCGGGGACGAGGGUCUAUCCUUCAAGGAGAAGAAAGCGAAGAAACUGAAGGCACAAGCUAAGUCCUCACACAACUGGAACGUGUUGUUCCUGGGUGCCAACGCCAUCGCCGAUGUCGUCGCAGCCAACUACAACACCACUAAAGAACAGUUACUCACUGAGAAUAGCAAAAACACAAGCGCCGCUGUGAGAUUGGCUCUCGGCGAGACUCAGCUGGUGGCGGAAACCAGGGCCUUUCUAGAAAACAAUGGAGUUUAUUUAGACGCCUUCAAUAAGCCCCCAAAAAGGAGAUCGAAAACAUGCAUCAUAGUGAAGAAUCUACCGGCAAACACAGAAAGGGACGAAAUAAAGAGUUUGUUUGUAAAACACGGACAGAUCGCGAGAUUCUUAAUGCCACAACAUGGGAUCACUGCGCUCGUUGAUUUUGUAGAACCUUUUGAAGCUAAGAAAGCCUUUACGAAAUUAGCCUACUCCCAGUUUAAAUCAUCGCCCUUAUAUUUAGAAUGGGCACCGGAAAACGUAUUUGUCAAAGGAGCGGAAAUUACCGAAACACAAGAUAACGUUAAAAAAGAAAACGAUGAUGCAACAGAAAGCAAUGAAAGAAAGACAAAAGAUACAGGAACUGGGAAACAAAAAGAGAUAGAACAUGAAAAGGAAGUAAAAGAGCCAGAGGAAGAUCUAGGAGAACCGGAAAAUGAUACGACCUUGUUUGUUAAAAACGUUAACUUUAGGACUACUGAGGAAUCUUUAAGAAAGCUGUUUUCUCAAUGUGGAAAACUUCACAGUGUGACGAUAGCCAAGAAAAAAGAUCCGAAGAACCCAGGCCAAUCCUUGUCAAUGGGUUACGGGUUCGUUCAGUACUACAGGAAACAACACACAAAUGAAGCAUUGAAAUCAUUGCAAGGCGCCGUGUUAGAUGGCAAAACAUUAGAAUUAAAACGAUCAGAGAGGGGGAAUACAAACGAAGUGAAAACUUCAAAGAAAAGCACAAAGGACUCAAAACAAAAUGGAACCAAAAUACUCGUUCGUAAUGUGCCAUUCCAAGCUAACAGAAACGAGCUCCACGAAAUAUUUAGAGCGUUUGGAGAAAUAAAAACACUAAGGUUACCGAAGAAAUUAACGCCGGGAUCGGAACAGCAUCGUGGAUUUGCCUUCGUUGACUUCCACUCUAAAGCAGAUGCAAAGAGCGCAUUUGAAGCACUGUGCCAAUCGACCCAUUUGUACGGACGGCGACUGGUGUUGGAAUGGGCAGACCAAACUGACGAGAACGAAGACGUCUCCGCCCUCAGAAAGAGGACGGCACAGGCUUUCAACGCAAAGACUCCCGGCGGGAAGAAAUCGAGGAAAGGCGCCGUGGAUGUGGAAACAUUUGUGGACGGUGAAAAAGAUAUGUGAAAUAAUGUAAAUAAAUAAUUACUCUA